AAAUCCCCAAAUCAACGCCACGAACCCUUCUCCUCGCCGUCGACCUCGCCGCGCCUCCGCCGCGGCUCCCCUCCCCGAUCCCGCGACCGCACUGAGCCCGACCGGGCCCCAUCUCGCGCCGGGCGAAGAAGAUGCACCUGUGGCCGUCGCUCCGGAUCCGGGACUCGUUCAAGCACGGCUACCUGCAGAAGCUGGAGCUCAACCUCAGCCACAUGAAGCGCGCGCAACGGCAGGGGCAGGGGCAGCAGGGUGGGGACCAGGAAGACCAGGCCAGCGACGGGAAGGCGCCUCUGCUCCAGGACCGCUCGCCGUCGGGGUCCGUUCUGGCCGGCGCGUUCGAGCUCGCCUGGGACGCCGUCUUGCUCUUCACUUGCUGCUGCUGCUGCUUCUGCUGUGGAGCUUGUAGCGAUGAGGAGGAUUACCCAACUGCUCGCUGAGAAGCGCCUUCAGUAGCCUGAUAAUUCAACACAACAGGGAAAAAACCAGAUAAUUUAGGGAACUGUAGUGAAUUGUAGCCAAAUAUUUUCUGGCUGAUGUGUACAUAUGGUUUCCUGUUGCUCCUUGAUGCGGCCAAUAGUUGUCGCUGAAAAAUCGGAGGAAAAAUACCCUUCGAUUUCUUUAUCUAGUAGAACCCGUUCUGUAGGCUUGUUCGCCAUGUAAUCAGUUGUAUCUGUGUUCAGUAUGUUUGCAAUUGCUGUUCUUAGCUUUAUCUGUGGGUGAUUGCCUUCACCUUCACCCUCCUGAUUUGCGCGAGGACAUUUUUGCA